UGGAAAAACCAGCGUAUCCCUCAUUUGUGGAUAAGUUCCUCCCCCUGCAUCAUUGCAUGGCUCAGAUACAGAUGAGUGAUCAGGAGGUGACAUAUUCAACCCUGAGAUUUCUUCAGUCUUCUCCAGAGUCACAGACUAGAUUAAGGGCUGAUGCUACUAAAAAUCGUAGAAAAUCUGAUGGAAAAGAUAAACAUGAGCAAGAAAGUCUAGAAAACUUUCAUCAAAGGUGUCACAUUCUGCAAGAGAACAAUGGCUUAUUGGAACAACUUUUGACAAAUAAGUCUUUAGAAUGUGAUAGCCUCAAAAAUACAAAAAAGGAGCUGGGCUUAUUCGCUAUGAAAAAGAAGAGUUGUUGUGAGAAAAAUAAGACUGCUUCAAAAUCUCUGGAAUAUACAACUUGCAAACACUGUGACCACUGGUUCUGUCUUGGAAUAAAAUGUUAUUAUUUUGUCUUGGAAUUUAAAGACUGGAAGGGAUGUAAGCAGAUGUGCCAAAGUCAUAGAUUAUCCCUUUUGAAGAUAGAUGACUACGAUGAACUGAAUUUCCUUCAAUCCCAAGUCUAUCCAGAUCAUUACUGGAUUGGAUUAUCAUAUGAUGGAGGGGAAGGAAAAUGGAAAUGGAUUGACAAAAGCACUUCUGGAAUGUGA